GAAAAGUAAAUCUAUUAUUAUUUUAUAGGAACUCCUUUGCCAGUUGCCACCAUCCCUCCCAUGUAAUGGACAAGUUCUACGUUAGUUGUAUUGUCAGGUUCUGUCCUAAUAAAUGAUAGUUAACUAAUCAACAAUGAUAACUAUUUUAAAAUGUCGACCAAAAAGUCAGAUACGAGAAGUAAGUCUAUUCAUUGUUUUAUAAGAAGGCCUUUGAGAUUUACGAUCUAAUCUAGCGUUCAAACUUGAUCUUACUUUCAGAUUACCCAUCUUUUUUUUUGAGAUUACCCAUCUUCUUCCCUUCUUUCCCUUUAUCUCUUCAUAUACGAGAGCAAAAUGGAAUCUGAGGGAGUCUCGUUGCCAUUUAUCCACGAGCAUCCUAUGAAGCCUUUCAAUGAUCUGAGGAAAGGUGACUGUUGUCAACGUUUUGUAUCGCAGAGUGAUGGCUACUAUUGCAAAACCUGUGAUUUUUUCUUGCACAAGGAAUGUGGCGACGAGCUCUCUGAGUUCAUCGACCACCCAUCUCAUCCCAAUCACACUCUCCAGCUUCGACAUGAUAAAGGAGGUAACAUAUGUGGUUUAUGUGGAAGGGGAAUCGUGAAUCUAUGCUAUCGUUGUGAGAUGUGUGACUUUGACGUGGACCUUGACUGUGCCAAGUACCCACCACCAGAUGUUAUUGACAAUUUCGAGACGCACCGCCACAAGCUCCCACUUUUCAAGGAACACUGUAAUUUUAAGUGCACUGCUAAAUGCGGGAAGGGUGAUUAUGAUGAGUUUCCAUACAUAUGUGAUGAAUGCGAUGUAGCCUUCCAUGUGUAUUGUGUAUGGCACCCAGAAGCAUCAGAGCUAAAUUACUCACCAGAGGUAAACCACUCUUACCACUCCUUGCAUCCUCUUAAGCUCCUCACUGGUGAACCACCAGAAUAUUCUGAUGGUAAAUGUCGUCUUUGCGGAACAGAAAUUGGUGAAUUUUUUUAUCAUUGUUCAUUUUGUAACUUCACUGUGGAUUUGCCUUGUGUUUUAAAUCCACCACAAAAAUCUCUUGUUGAUCCGAAGGCUCAUGAUCACCAACUCACCCUUCUUCCAAGACUCGAUUCUUUUACAUGUAAUGCUUGCGGUCUAAAGGGAGAUCGAAGCCCUUACACAUGCUUUGAUUGUGGUUUCAUGAUCCAUCAAGACUGUCUUGGCCUUCCGCGUGUCAUUAACAUCAAUCGCCAAAAUGUUGUUGCUGAUUCCUUAGCUAAAGAAGCUUUAUGUAUGGUUGAGGGUGUUAUGACACUCACCUAUAAUAGAGAGAGCAAAAUGGAAUUUGAGGGAGGAGUGUUGUUACCAUUGUUUCACGAGCAUCCUAUGACGCCUUGGAAUGAUCAUCAUAUGAGGAAAGGUGAUUGUUGUGAUUGCUUUGAACCUCAGAGUGAUGGCUACUAUUGUAAACUCUGUGAUUUCUUCGUGCACAAGAAGUGUGGCGACGAGCUGUCUGAAUUCAUCAUCGACCACCCAUCUCACCCCGAUCACACUCUCCGGCUUCAAGAAAAACGAGAAGAUCACGUAUGCUAUAUAUGUGAUAGUAAAAUCCAGAAUCUAUCCUAUCGUUGCGAGAUGUGUGACUUCCACAUGGAUCUACACUGUGCCAAGUACCCACCACCAGAUGUUAUUGAAAAUUUUGAGAUGCAUCCCCACAAGCUCACAUUUGUCAAGGAACUGAGCGCCUUCCACUGUUCUGCAAAAUGCGGGAAGACUUCUGCAUAUGCUGCAGGAUUUUCUUGUGGAUUUUAUUACCAAUGUAAUGAAUGUGAUGCUGUAGCCUUUCAUGUGGAAUGUGUAUGGCACCCAGCAGCACUAGAGCACUCAACAGAGGUAAACCACCCUUAUCACUCCUUGCAUCCUCUUAAGCUAUUCAAGGGUCCACCACCUGACUAUUCUGAUGGUAAAUGUCGUCUUUGCGGAAGAAAGGUUGAUAAAGAAUUGUUUUAUCAUUGUUCUUCUUGUAACUUCACCUUGGAUUGGCGUUGUGUUGUGAAUCCGCCACCACAAUCUCUUUUGAACUUGAAAGCUCAUGAUCACCAACUCAAGCUUCUUCCAAGACUGCUUUCAUUCACAUGUAAUGCUUGUGGGCUCAAGGGAGAUCGAAGCCCUUACAUGUGUGUUCAAUGUGAUUUCAUGAUCCAUCAAGGCUGUCUUGGUCUUCCUCGUGUCAUUAACAUCAAUCGACAUGAUCACCGUGUUUCUCGUACUUUGCUUCUUGGUGAUGGUGCUAUGAAUUCUGUAUGCGAAGUUUGUCACAAGAAGGUGGACUGGACUUGUGGAGGAUUUUCUUGUCAGACGUGCCCUAACUAUGUUGUUCAUUCUAAAUGUGCUACCAGAUAUGAUGUUUGGAACAUGAAAGAGCUUGAAGGAGUACCUGAAGAAGAAGAAGAUAUAGAACCAUAUGUGGUGAUAGACGACAACACAAUACAACAUUUCAGCCACAAAGAGCAUUACCUCAUAUUCAAUGAGAAUGGUGUUUUGUAUGAGGAUAAAAAACGAUGCAGCGCAUGCACCCAUCCCAUUGGUCUCCAAUCCUUUUAUGUCUGUAUGGAUUGUGAUUUUUCUCUCCAUCAGUGCUGUGCUAAAUGUCCUAAAAAGAAAAGGCAUGUGUUACACAAUGAACGGCUCACUUUAGUCACAAACAAGGAGCUAGAGGUCUUCGAUUGUGUUGCUUGCAAUCGAACGUCCAAUGGAUUCAUGUACAAGGAUCGGUAUACGAAGUUGGAUGUCUUGUGCGGUUCAGUUUCUGAGCCAUUUGAACGUCAUCACCACCAUCCCUUAUAUUACACUUUCGUAUUAUCUGACAAUUCCAUUGAAGAGACGGGAAUAUGCAAUGGUUGCAACAAUAAGGAAUAUCGUCUACUCAAGUGCAUUGAAGAUGAUUGUGGAUUUGUAAUAUGCUUCAAAUGUGCCACUCUACCACAAGUGGUAAAGCACAGAGUAGAUGAUCAUCCUCUCUCACUAUGCUAUGUGGAAGAAGAAGAGGCAAGUGGUAAAUACUGGUGUGACAUCUGUGAGAGAGAAACCGAUCCAAAGAAAUGGUUCUACACGUGUAAAGAUCACUUGGCUAGUUUGCAUACAAAAUGUGUGCUCGGAGACACUGCAGGACUCAUGCCAAGAAGCGUACCACAGUUGUUGGGCAUACCGCAUGAGGUGGUGCUGAAUAAUAGUGUAACUCGCCCAUUUUGCAUUCGGUGCAAGUCUCGUUGCAUGUACCCUAUCUACCUCAAGGUGCUUGGGUCCCCAGAUAUAUGCUUUUGCUCUGUUGAGUGCUCUCUUGUUUACGUUUGAUAUGGGAAGAGGUAGAGCGAAAUGAACAAUCAUAACUACAAAGUGUAAUAAAUAUUAAUAAGCCAUGGAGGCAAAGCAUAGGUUGAUGACUAUAUUCUCUCACUAUGCUAUGGAGAAAAGGAAAAUGGCAAAUACUGGUGUGACAUUUGGUAAGAAAGAUACCAUCAUACCAAUCCAAAGAACUGGUUCUACACGUGUGUGCUCGGAGACACUAGGUGGCUCAUGCCAGGGAACACGCUGAAGUAUUUUGGCAUACCAUUUGAGGUACAUCACGUCCAUUUUUGGCAUACCAUUGCAAUACGCUAUCAUCUUAAAGGUCUGGUACAUACAUUUGCUCUGUGAGAUGAAUUAACAAGCUUCUCUUUGGGGUCCAUGCUAUAAUCAACCUCUCUCACAAUUUCAAGAGUAAUCUGCAAUAGUAACUAAGGUUGAAAAAGAUUAUAAGCAUUUUGAUUAGACAAGCGGAAGCGAGUAUACAAGUUUGUAAUCUACUUUUUAUCAAUGUACGUAAUGUGACUUCAUUAUCCAUGGAAAUAUUUGAAACAGCUGAAACGAUGUCUAUAUAAUGAUACAUCCAAGAAAGACAGUGACGACAAUGAACCAGAAUUAUUUCUCA